AUGGGAGGCAAGAAAGCAGCAGGAGAGAACUCCAAGAAGGCCGCCGGAAACGCUCGUAAAGCGGACGCCGCGGCAUCAAAGAAAGCAGCCGAAGACCAGAAGAAGUCCGCAGAGGAAGAUAAGCAAUGGUCCAAGGGAUCCAAGAGCAACGCUAAGAAGGAGGAUAGUGAGGCCAAGAAAGCUGAAGCUGCCCGCAAGAAGGCAGAGCGCGAUGCCCUACUCAAGGAAGAAGAAGCCUCUCAACCGGCCAAAGCCAAGGGCGCAAACGCAAAGACCGCCCAGAAGAAGACUCGUGGUCUCGAUCUUUCACAACUGGAUGAUGCACCUUCAGGCAGCAAGAAAGCUUCUGCUCUCAGCGCCUCUGGUAUCGAUAAUGCACUCGACGCCCUGUCUCUGACUUCGAAGGAUACCUCAAAGAUCGACCGACACCCCGAACGACGAUUUAAGGCCGCAUAUGCCGCAUUUGAGGAGCGACGCUUGCCAGAAAUUGAACAGGAAAAUCCUGGUCUGCGCCGUAACCAGCGCACCGAGCUUUGCAGAAAGGAAUUUGAGAAGAGCGAGGAGAAUCCGUUCAACCAGGUUCAUGCUGCAGUCAACUCCACCAAGGAAGAGAUUGCUGCGCUUCGGGACGGCGAGCGCAAGAAGGUCGAGGGCAGACUGGGUGGCAAAUAA